UAGUCAAUAAUAGAUAUAGAAAGUGGAUGUAGAAGACUUGCUUUUCAAUUUAACGUAUUUUUUCCGGUUGAUAUCUUUAUUUAGUGACGAUAUGAAAGUAUAUAGAGCAUUUACAUUAUUGGUUUGGUUACGCAUUUCGUGUUUACAUUUUUCUAAAGGUAAGACUUUUUAAAAAUUUCUGUUCAGGAAUAUUCGUGGUAUUGUUUAGAUUUACGAUCGAAGACGCUAGUGUAUACUUUAGCGGUUACUUACAUAUAUAUUUAGUACAUGUGUAUUUUCUUUCUUUUUAUAAAAGUUUAAAUGUUUAUUUGCUAAUAAAGUUUUCGUGUGAAUAACCACUACCAUAUUAAUUAUAGCCUUUUUAUGAUUGUUUCUCUUUUUCCCUCACACGACAUUUCGGAAGAAAAACUGGGAAUUGGGAAAAUGGUCACCGUAGAAAAAAAUAUUAUACGAAACUACAAUGUUUAUCGAAGUGACAAUGGCAAAAUUAUUGUUCGGAAUAUCGCCAUCACUGAAAGCGCCAAAAAUAUUUCAGAUGUUACAUAUAUCGAUCAAGAUUUGACGUUGCAUGCAACUGAAAAUGAAAUCCGCUUGGGAUCAAUCAUAAAUGGACAGUUUUAUUUUAUAAAAAUCAUCAUGCACCUCAACAAAAUUUCAAAGGUGAAGUAUGACCGUAUCCAUAGGAAUAUCUACUUUGUUGAAGACAUGAUGAAUAUAAUAGGAGUUGUUCCAUAUGGAGAGCACAAAAAUACUGACUAUACAAUGUUUCGAACCAUUGUAGCACCAGGUAGACCGAUAGUUGACAUAGCCAUUGAACCCGCUAUGAGGUAUAUAUUUUGGAUCGACUCAAAAGAACAUCCAAUUCUUCACAGAGCUAACCUCAGAGGAGAGGAAAAAGUUGACUUGAUAUUUCACGGAUUAAACGAACCUAUAUUUCUUGAAGUGAGCACUGACAAUGAGAUCAUUUUUUGGCAUGAUGCCCGCAAAGGAACUGUUGAAAUCGCAAAUUUCAAUGGAAAUGAAAGGAGAAUCAUUCAUCAAAGCAACCACGUAUACAAAGGAUUAAGUGUAUUCAACGCUGACGAAAUUCUUUUGUUUGACAAGAAAAUCAUCACCAUUCUAAACAUGAAUAGAGGAACGCAUAUUGACACUAUUGAAAUGAACGGGACUAUUUCAAAUGUAGCAAGAUAUUUUAAUGGAUCAGUAGCAGAAAAAGCCUGUGAUCUCGAAUGCAUGCAGUUUUGUUUUUCUGCGAAUCAGAAGUAUUUCUGCGACUGCUACACCUGGUACACAUUGUACGAAGAUGCCAAGGAAUGUAUAAUGCCAGACCACUACAGAUAUAAAGGAAUUUUAAUGAUUCUGAAUGGAAAAGUUUGCACUAUCCCGCUUACAAUUGACGACAAACCAUUGUUGAACAUCCAAUGUUGGCCGGAUACUGAAAUUUCUACCGAACUGACAGUCGAUGAAACAGCAAGAACAGUCUUUUUUGUUCAACGAAUUGAACAUGUUUGGUACAUCAAAAAGAAAGAAAGGCGUUAUUCACAAAUACAUCACUUACAUCGAAGCAAUGAUAAAAUAAGAGGACUUGUCCAUGAUAUGAUCACAAAAUCGUUAUACUAUGGAACGGGAAGAUUUAUAAAAAGGACUGCGAAUGGUGUCGUUCAUGUAAUAAGAGAAGAAACUAAUGACAUACUAUUCCUUGCCAUAGAUAGUGAACACAAGAUGCUGUGGUGCGUAACCAGUGAGAAUGGCGCCAUUUUUGUGUCAUCAUUAGAUGGAUCAAACAAAAGGCUUUUUGUUGCAUCAGUAGGAAUUUCGGGUUUAAAUGUAUUCAGAGGAAUAAAAAGGUUGUUUUGGACUGCCAAUACCGAUAUUUAUAGUAUUGAUUAUAAGCAGUCACCUAGGGUUGAAAGAGAUUUAAACGAAACUGUAAAGGAUUUAGUUCUAUUCAAGGACAUACUUACUUGGACAACAACAAAAUCCGAUGUGUCUCGUAUGUGUUCUGGAUCAUAUAUCGAUAGGAAUGUACCUCCGACAUGUUUACCAAUUAGUGGAACAAUAUCUGCGCUAAAGAUUUUCGAUGAAUCUGUCAACACUAAUAUGGAAAUGGAUCAAUGUGCAGUCAACAAUGGUGGGUGUUCAGAAAUAUGUCUUCCAAAUGCAAAUGAAAAAUGUGUGUGCGUGUUUGGUAAAGUUAUAGAGAAGGAUAAGAAGGGAUGCAAACCGAAUGAUAUAACGUCACCUAUGAACUACGUAGUGGACACUGUAACAAACAGAGUGUAUACUCUUUCGGAGGAAUUUGAAUUUUCUACAUCGUUUUCAUCUGCAAUCAUCAUUAGCCAUAUAGAUUUCGACAAACAGAGAGGAUAUUUAAUAAUAUUCCAAAAACAACCGAGAAGUGGUUCCAUUAUUUCGAUUUCCAACGGAACGGAAUUGAGAUUCCCUGAUUACCAGAUAGAGCUUGGAUGUAUCGAUACCCUAUCGGGAAGAAUAUAUGUUGCUGCAACAAAUCUGCUUGGUGAAAGUGUAUUCGCUUACGUAUACAACAGUACAAUGACAUUAAUAAACCAAACGUUAUCUAACGUCACUGAUAUGAUGUGUUGGUCUUCAAAGAGAUUUGUAAUAUUAGCAACCACAGAUUCUUCUAUACAGAUAUAUUUAAUGGACACAGGUCAUAUCACAAAAGUUGAUACCAACUUCCGAUCAACGAAUACACGGUUAGCACAUUUUUCUGAAGGUGACAAGUUUUUUGCACUGGAUAAAGGCAGACAUCAAGUAUCGGAAGUCAGUUUAAGCACCAAGAAGGUCAUGUUGAUAUUUCAUACGGAAAAUGAUGUCAUUUUGGAUAUUGAUGUUGACGAAAAUAUUAUUCAUUUACUUUGUCAACGUUAUAUAUUACAAGUGAACAAAAGUUCUGGCAAUGUUCAGAGGACGAUACCUAUUUCACCUAUGAUUGGAAAGCCAGCAUACAUUCUCAUCCACAAUUACAAAGAAGCAAAAGACCCAGAGGAGAUACAAGUGAAUGGAAACGAAAAAGAAGACGAUUUGCCACAAAGUACCAUCAUCAUUGUGUUUUCGACAAUAGGAGCAAUAGUAGUAGUCGUUUUAGCGGUGGUAGGGAUCAUCGUUAUUUGCCGUAAAACGAGUUGUAAAGAUUUCUGGCAAAGAGAAGACUGAUGAUUCCUUUCAAGAGAAGAGAAAUUUCAAGAAGUUCAAAAUCCUUUACCUUUUUAUCUCUCUUGAUGAACUAGUCUCGAUACAUAGAUUUUUAUUACGCACGGUUCGGAUUGGUAGAAAUGUACAGGCUGUGUGACAUACAUGUAUGCAGAUCAACUAUUUGAAUUGGGUUAUAUAUUCAGUGAGUGAAGAUUCUGAUUAGCAUGCGGUUAUUAAUAUAAGUUUUCUUGUUUGUCGCUUUCAUAUUUUCAGUUGUAUUUUAAAGUAAUUCCACCCUCCUGUGAUGUCAUCAGAUUUUACAAAAUCAAUGAUUUAUUUAGAUUUAUGCAUGAUAGGAACAUAAAUUAUGUUGGAGUCUUUUCUUAUAGUCAUUGUAAAAAAAAUUGUUAAAGAUAAAAUAUUUCAAAACUCUAAGUUAUAGAUGAAUAAUCAAUGAUACAUUUCAAAAUAUUGAAUCCAAGGGCGAUAACUCUGUUUCUAUUGAUUUUUAUGAAUUCUAUUAUGCGAUAGAUUUCCGAUAUUUUUUACAGACAUUUUGUAUAUUUUUGUGAAGAUACAUUUUCAUUAUAUUGUUAUGAAUGCUACUAUAUCGUUAUAACCAGUUUGAAUGGAAUUUUGAUAACGAUGUUUAUGGAAAAUCGCAAUUUUCAGAUGGUGAUAUGUGAUUCUGUUUAUGUACGUCUCACAUCUUAAAAAGUGUGAUGACCUAUGUAUUUUAUAUGAUAAUGUUUUAGUUUUAACCCUAGUGAAUUGAAAUAAAUACACAUUUUAAACUUGUAUCAGAUAAAACUGCGAGUAUGGAGCUACCUUAAAGAACCUGUUACGUUUGUAUAAAAAUUAAAAGAUCAAUCACGCAGAGAAAGAAAGAUGCCAGCAGCUAAAUCUAAUUUUUGUUGGGGUCGCUUCUUAAACCCACCAAACACGUUAUCGUAGUGGUCAGUGUGCUCCUUUACAAGUGAGAGAUUAGGGUUAGGUCUUUCCAGUACUGCGUUAAAGCUGAGACGUUUAACAUGCAUAUAGAAGUACGUGUAUUGCCAAGUUCCCGGUUUUAGAAGUGAAAUUAACCAGAUGUUUUCUGAUCCGACCUUCAAAAUGGCGGCCCCUUAUCACGGUAUUUUUUAACAUUAAAAACUCUCGCUGUAGACACGUACUUGAGAGUCGUGCAUAGAUCAACAUUUGUGAUAGUUCACCUACAGUUAGUUAUGUAUCUAUAUGGAUGAAACGUUCUCAAACUAAACGUACAUGUACAACGACAUACGAAUAAACAUAAAAAGACAUCCUACCACAGAACCGAAAUUUCAUCGAGAUAUUCAAGUGAUAAUUUGUAAGUAAACUACGUAAAAUGAUACAUUUUUUUAAAAGUUAUCAUUGUUGUAUGCACUAUUUGUUUCUAUAGAAAUUUCACAGAGAAUUUCAAACCUUUCGAGACAUUUACAAAAAGCUUCAGUCAUUAGUAUUCUAAUAAGUGUGAACAAUGAGGUUUUUUUUUUUUUUAUAAAUCUGAUCCCACAGACGAGAUAUGAAGAACCCCGGGUUCUCAUCGAUCAAUAUCAAAUAUCUAUUACAUGCAGUUCGUCAAUACAACCUCGAAUUGGGUCAAAUGCUGUCUGACGUGUUUCAUACCGAUUGUUAAGCCGUUCUUGGCACACUGAUUUUGAAUGCGGAUAACUCCGUUUACCUGAUCAGGAUAUGGGGCUCACGGCGGGUGUGACCGGUCAACAGGGGAUGCUUACUCCUCCUAGGCACCUAAUCCCACCUCUGGUGUGUCCAGGGGUCCGUGUUUGCCCAACUAUCUAUUUUGUAUUGCUUGUAGGAGUUAUGAGAUUGAUCACUGUUUGUUAUCUUCACCUUGCAUGCAACCUAGGGGAUUUGUUUUAUCAGGAACAGGAGGAGUGCUGGUGGGUUUUUUUUCUGAUGGUCUCCAAUCAUGUGCCCAAAAUUGACUUUAUGGUUUUUAUCAAUAAACGGAAUAAUAUCCUUAUCCUUAUUUACUGUAAGAGCAAAUGGAAAGAAUGUGCAGUUUUGAUAGCAAUAGACACGUGUAAGAGAUGCACGUUGCUCAUCAGUAAAAUAGACGUGUUAUAUUUAUCGAUCUGAAUGUUGGUCACUCCAAACUUACCAUGUAGUACGUGUACGUAAUCACAUGUAUUCAACAUAUAUUUUUACGAGAUUUAUAUGGACACGUAUAUUUAUACAUGUAUAUGUUUGGAAAUGGUGCAUUUUAUCUGAUAUUAUUACUCAUUAUGUUCGUUACUGUCUAGAGAGAUAUAUUGUGUUGAUUUCUUGUGUCCAAAUCAAUGCAUUGUACAGAAAAUGAAGUCUAGAUCUAAUGUCAAUGUUUAAUCACGUUUUGAAGGAAAAGAAGUUCAUAACCCACAACUCAAAUAAAUACGUGGGAAACUUAUCUCAGUGAAACUAUUUCAGAACCAGUUCAGAAAAAUGUUGGGAAUUUUAUUUUAAGAAUGCAUCAUUAUGCAGAAAAGAAGCAAAACAAGUUUAUUCCUUCCACAAAUUCUUUCCUUCAUAAACUUAUACUUAUAGGCAAUUACUUACGUUCAUUUUGUAAUAGUGAGAGACAGUCAUAUAUAUUUUUUUAUGAAUGUUUUCAUGUUUUUGUCUUCUGGAAAUGGUACAAUACGAUUGAAAAAUAUUUUAAGAUCACAAAAAUAAUGGUGAGAGAAGUUGUUUGGAAAAUGUUUUUCUUUUGUAAGCGAAAAAAGCAUAUUUAUUUCUCUAGAACACAUGACCCAAAACUUAAAAAAAAUUGUCGGAUGAAAUACUUGGUUUAUGGGCCUUGAAUGAUAAUGUAAUUGACAAGUUGUUGAUAAUCAUACUACAUUGCAUUUUUUUGGGGGGGGAAAUGUAUAUAUAUAUAUAUAUAUAUAUAUAUAUAUAUAUGGGCACGAUACCUGAUCCCGCCUCUGGUAUAUUCAAGGGUCUGUUUUUGCCCAUUCUUCUAUUUUGUAUUGCUUAUAGGAGUUAUGAGAUUUAUCGCUGUUCGUUAUCUUCACCUUUCAUAUAUAUAAUUCAUAGUUGGUUUGUGGUAUGAACAUAUUUUAUUGUAUGAUAAAUACAAAUGGAUUCGAUACAUGUUCUUUCAACUGAUUGAUCCUCUCAAAUAUGCUUAAAUGAAAGACGAAGAUAACGAACAGUGAUCAAUCUCAUAACUCCUAUAAGCAAUACAAAAUAGAUAGUUGGGCAAACACGGACCCCUGGACACACUAGGGGUGGGAUAAGGUGCCUAGGAGGAGUAAGCAUCCCCUGUCGACCGAUGUAUUUAUGCAUUUAUCAGAUAAAAGACUGCCAUUCAAACAUUUUAAAAUUCAAUUAUAUUUGAAAUGAUAUAUACUAUGAAAACCUCAAAGUAAAUCAUUUUGUUAUUGUGGAUGCAGAAGGUGCACUGAAUAAGUGCAGGUGUGAAUGAGUGAAUGUAGAUUGCGCUUGUACAGUGUAUAUAUAAAUGUGUAUGAAAUACUUCAAUAAAACAUUUUAAAACUUAAA